AUACUGCCUCAACACCGACGGUUGCCAUGGUUACAACACGGAAAGGCGACGCUGCAAUUAUUUCUCUUGCAAUGGCACCCUGGACGUUCUCCACCUGGACGACAAGCAGUACAAGCCGCCCAAAUUCGGGUGGCGGGAAUCGAGCACACGCCCAGGGUCGUGGCGGGCCGUCCGGAACCGCCCACUCCUCGUCCACACCAAGGACAUCUACCCACAAGGCUUCCCGAAGGAAUUCUCGCUCCUGAUCACCGUCAGGCCAGAUCUCGGGAACAUGGGUAUGCUGUUCAUCAUGCACCGAGCAUACGGAGGCGAAGUCUACCUCGGCCUCGGUCUCGGCACGGGCCUCGAACUCCUUCACACAGGGCCUGGCAGAGGGGAUGACGUCCUGCCGAUCAACGUGGCACCCAUUAACGUCAAUCUCACCGAUGGGCACUGGCACCAGCUGGCUAUAAGUGUCCUCGAAGACAGCACCAUCCAGGUCUACGUCGACUGCCGGUGGACGAGUCGACAGAUCCUCAGGCGAUCGACGCUGGAGAUUCCCAUGGACACUUUGCUCUACGUCGGGGGGAUGCCGGGGCGGAGCUACGAGGGAGAGAUGGAGCAGUUUACCAUCAGCGAAUCUGCAGAUGCUGUGGCCAAGCAGUGUAAGCCAGAACCUAUUCCCAUUAUUGACGAGAGUAUACAGGACCUCGGCCGUCCCCUGGGUCUCAGUCGCCAAGAUUUCGACAACCACAUCCAGCAUCCCUCGUCCGAAUACACCGAUAACGACGACCACCGCCACCACCACCACCACGACGACCACGACGACGACGACCAGAACGACUACAAGUACGACUACGACGACCACGACUUCGACGAGCCGCUGUCUUACGUGUACGACCAAUACGCGGAUUUCGAGGCGGGUCGUUUGCCCCCGACGUAUCCUUGGGUCGUGGAUGAGGAUUACUAUUACGGCGGAGGAAGGGACGACGUGAGGAGUGAAAUGAAGGAGAUGAUGGCGGGGAAGGAGCAGACGGAGAAGGAGGAGGACACGCAGGAGGGAGAGAGGGAGAGGCUGCACCAACACGCGACUGACGACGAAGACCUGGUCGAAGGCUCAGGCGUCGGUUCGGACACCGCCGGCUUCGCGUUGACUUGGUCAGUUUGGUCAGGGUGCUCCACGUCCUGCGAUGGCGGCGUCCGAAUCCGUUCGCACAGGUGUGUUCCGAACCAACCCUACCUGAACGAGUGUGUCGCGUCAGGCAUCGAGACGCAAGAGCAACGAGCGUGCAAUCUGCAACCAUGCCCGCCCACACUUCCUCCUUCCACCACUACGACCACUACUACUACCACUACAACCACCACUACUACCACCCCACCUCCUCCCCGUCCUCCACCUCCACCCCCAGCUGUAGCCAGAGCCGAAGAACGGAUCCAGACAGUCCAUCAUGGCGGCGACACGACCGCAUUCGCACCCGUUUCCGCGACUUCGUCCACCACCCUCACGUCGCCGCCCGUACAGGCACCAGUGACCGCCCCUCAGCAGCCGCCCUUACUAGUCCUACCAGUGACAUCCACGCCCAAAACGCGGGUCGUAAUGCACCCAGUAUAUCCCACAACAGUCGUGGGCGGAGAUGUAGAGGGCGACAACGAACCGUACUUCAAUUCGACCCACCGAUUCGUGCCGGAUAACAAACCGUAUAAACCACUGAAGCCAGAUUACUUGCCUCAUAUCAGUAAUUCCGUCUGGCCUGCGGAGACGACGGUCGAGCGCGGCAUGAACGAGGUUCUUCCCCGGGGCGUCGAUCAUGGCUCGACUAUCAAGAGGACUUCUUGGAACCACAAAUGGAGUUAUUAUCAUCAGUACCACCAACAGCAUCGCAUGAGACACCAUCACGCUACCAAACACACGCAGCAUCGUGACGAAUGCGCGGGCGGCUGCCUCAACCACGGGCUGUGUGGCCACGGGGGCGUGUGCCACUGCGCCCACGGGUGGCAGGGGCAACGCUGCGAGGUGGCGGAGUGCGGCCCGGGAUGCAGGAACGGAGGCCUGUGUGUCGCGCCGGACACGUGCCGCUGCCCGCCGGGGUACACGGGAUCUCACUGCCAGGAUGCUGUGUGCAACCCCCCUUGCAACAAUGGCGGAACGUGCGUGAUCCCGGGCCUGUGCGUCUGUCCUGCUGGUUUUAUUCCUCCUAACUGCGCUCCCAUGUGCACGAGUCGCUGCCUGCACGGCGGCGUGUGCACGGCCGUCAACCGGUGCACGUGCCCGCCGGGGUACACAGGGGCACGGUGCGAGGCUGCCAUCUGUAGCCCGGCGUGUCAGCAUGGGGGUCGCUGCGUCGCCCCGGGGGUGUGUUCCUGCCCGGCGGGUUAUGGCGGGCCGCUCUGCCAGAGACCCGUCUGCCGCCCGCACUGCCAGAAUGGGGGCGAGUGCCUGGCUCCCUACAGGUGCCGCUGUCCACCUGGCACUUUUGGAUCCUACUGUCAGCACUUCGUGUGUUCCCGAGGCUGUGGCGUGGGCGGCGUGUGCGUGGGCGUGGAAAGGUGUCGGUGCGCCCAUGGAUACACAGGACCCGCCUGCGCGACGGCCGUGUGUGACCCGCCGUGCAGCAACGGGGGUACCUGCGUCAGCCCCGGAGUUUGUUCCUGCCCUGAGGGUUACUCGGGUGUUUGGUGCACAAUUAGGAAGUGCAAGUACGUACCCAAACAGGUGGCCUACACGCGAAGCUACAAGAAGGUGGUUCCCCAGCGCGUCCAGACCCACUGCGGCGCCUGGGGUUGGAAGAGCUGCACCUCCGUCAGACAGGUGUACCAGACAGUCACCCAGAAGUUUUAUCGCACCGUGUACACCUGUACCCCUACUGCAUAAAACCUGCAUUUUA